GCGAACCGGGCUAAUCAUGCAUUCACUUUAUCUCGCGCCGCCUCCUCCGGAACCCUGCAAGAUCGGAUCAAAAAGUGAAAGACCCAGUGGGGCGCUGCCUGCAUUGUACUUGUACUUGUACAACCAUAUAGAUCAACUGCCUCAGGCUUUCUCGAUCAAGUCUUUUCACAAUUGUCGUGACCUCUUUUCCAUCCUUUACCACUUGAUCUACACUGUAGAGUUUCUCUCCAUAACAAUCUGUGGACAGUGCCGUGUUACGGUUGCCACCGAGCACAAUGGCGAACCGACGUGCUGCUGCCGCGAACCGAAUUCGUGGGCCUCAAUCGGCACUCACAGACUUCCUUGCGUCCCACAAUAUCUCCGCGCAACAGAUUCAUCUUGACUACCAGCGCCGUCUGCAAGAUGCUAAUAAUGCCGAGCAGCAAGAAGGCCAGACAGAGAACGAGAACAAGGAAAAUGAAGAGGAUGAUGAUGGUGAAGAUCCUGUCGAGCGUCAAAAGCGCAAGAGAAAGGAAGAGAAGGCUUUGAUGAAAAUAAAGCAAAGCAAAGAAUUCAAGCGUCGCAAAUUCGAGCAAAAGCAAGAACUUGGAAGUGACUACGAAGACGAUGACAACGAACUCGCCUCAGCCAUGCUUGCAAAGUCGAAACCGCUCCCUGGACAGCUCGACAAUUGCGAGGUUUGUGGGAAGAGAUUCACCGUGACUCCAUACAGUCGAACAGGCCCUGACGGCGGUCUCUUGUGUACCAAGUGUAGCAAGGAACUCAAAGAUGAAGAGAAGAAGGAGGGAAAAGCAAACAAGAAAAAGCCCGUCGCACCAAAAGGCAGACGUCGGCAAACCGAGAGCGACCGACUGAUGGGUGAUGUCAAGUCUGGGUCAAAGAGCCUAGUUGACAUUUGUGUCCGUCGGGUGGCUAAUGUGGUCCAUGACAUUGACGAGUUUGGUGAUAUGCCACAGAAUCUCCUGGAUCGAUUGAGUCAGAUUCUGUCGAAGCAGAGAGUCCUCACACCGCGUGUCCUCGAACUCUUCCUUCGACAGGACGUUGAUCGAAUCAAUGUCUACGACUGCGGCAAGCUCGAAAAGGAGGACUUUCAGAAGAUCUUCGCAUACAUGCCCAAUGUGGAAUUCGUCAAUCUACGAUUUGCAGGUCAAUUCAAGGACAAUGUGCUUCUGUAUAUGGUCGAUAAGUGCAAGCAGAUUCGUCAUUUACAACUUGGCGCAACCAACCUUGUCUCAGAUGAUGCCUGGAUCACACUCUUCCGCACACUUGGGCCUCAGCUGGAGAGCUUGAAAUUGUCAGAAUUAAACGACUCACUGAGACACGAUACCGUCAAGGAACUGGUGAAACACUGUCGAGGAUUGAAACGACUCAAGUUGAGGUCCUGCUCACAUAUGACCCAAGAGUCGAUCGACGCUCUCUGUGGUCUCACCAGCCUGGAGCAUUUGACCCUCGCCGUGGCACAGGAUACGUCCGCAGAAUGUCUUGUUAAAUUGAUCUCUACAGUUGGUCAUAAUCUUCGCACACUCUGUCUCGAAGAGUAUUCCGAGCUGGAUGACACCGUCCUUGAAGCUAUCAAGAACAUAUGCUGCAAGUUGAGCAAACUUCGUAUUCGAGGAAGCAGUCUGUGCUCUGACGAAGCCUUUGCUGGUCUUUUCGACGACAACAGUCCUUUCCCACCACUAGUCCAUGCCGACUUCGCAGAUAAUCGAGACAUUGACAACAUGAACCCAGAAGGCCCCCAGGACAAUCCCAUCGGUUUCGGCUCUCUGGCACUAGCGGCAUUGAUAGCACACUCUGGCUCACGUCUAGAGCAUCUGGACCUCAAGUCGUGCCGUCAUAUCGCUCACACUGCGCUGCUGGAUGUCUUCGACGGGCUCAAGAAGUACCCAGAAAUCAAGGACAUAGACCUCUCAUUCGUGACGCAAGUGGAUGAGGUGGUCAUGAUUGGUAUCUUCAAGAGUUGUCCCAAGCUGACGAAACUGGCGGUUUUUGCCUGCUUCAAUGCAAGACGUGCUGUGAUCCCGGCGGGUAUUGCUGUGGUCGGCUUGCCAAAUGCGCAGGAUAGCAUUGUCAGAGAAGGUGACGCUUACAUGGAGAUGUGAUCGAACAUGCACUGGUCACGACAAUCUCCGUUGGCAUGAAGCAAUGAGGGUGCGAUAUGUAUCAAUAUGACGACGGCACGAAUGAGCGAUGGUGUUUACUGUGCAGCAUCGGCAAUGGGUGUUGGUGGAUGGUUUCACGAAGCAUGAGACGUCAAGGUAUACCAUCAAGACGAAAUUG